CUCGAGGCCAUUUUCCUUCACCAUGCCGAAACAACGAAAUAUAAUGAAAUUAACGACCUGUUCGUGGUCUCUAAUUCACAACUGCAUGGACUUCUCCAUAAGACUAGCAUGAAAUUCUUUCUGCUUCACCUGGCUUUCUUCUUCUUCGUGGCAAGCUCACCAAAUGUCAGCGCAAGUAACUUUGACGGAAGGUACUACAACCAACAGCCGCGCAAGGGCAGCCGCAGUUGGAGUGGCCCGGACUGCGCUACAUGUGAAUGUGCUAACGGAGAACGCAGAUGCGCAAAUCCCUAUGACAAAUGCGAAUGUAUUCAAGGAUUUCUCUACUACAAAGACACCGAUGGGUGCCCCCGACAUGCAAGAGAAUGCAACACGCCUGACUGGCACAAGCACUUUGCAAACAACAGCGGAUGCCUUCUCUGCGAAUGCAGCCGAUCCAGGUGCACUGUUGGUACAAAGUGCCACUGCAGAGAUGGUGUCGUGUACCCCGAAGAUGACCCUGUCAAUUGCGUAGGGUCGCGACAGGACUGUUUUAGAAGGCGACGAAGGGAAGACAAUUUUUGGAAAAUGAAGGACGCUAAUCAACGAUGUGCUGGCUGUGACUGCCCCAACGGCAAGCAGGAGUGCACAGGUUACCAUGCGAAAUGUGACUGCUUUGAAGGAACGCUUUACUAUAAAAACAGCAGCUGGUGCGCUCAGUACGAAGAAGAGUGCGAUCUACCUGACUGGCACAAGCACUUUGCAAACAACAGCGAAUGCCUUCUUUGCGAAUGCAGCCAAACCAGCUGCGCUGUUGGUACAAACUGCCACUGCAGCGAUGGUGUCGUGUACCGAACAAACAACCCUAUCAAGUGCGUAAAGUCGCGACUGGAAUGUUUCAGAAGGCCACGCAAGAAACGCUAUAUACGGAAAAACAAGGCCUCCAGUGGUGGGUGUGCUAACUGCGAAUGUCCCAAUGGUGAGCAGGAGUGCACAGGUUACAAAGCGAAAUGUGACUGCGUUGACGGAAUUCUUUACUAUAAGGACAGCAGCUGGUGCGCAAAGUACGAAGAAGACUGCGAUCGACCUGACUGGCACAAGCACUUUGCCAACAAUAGCGACUGCCUCUUAUGUGACUGCGAUAAGCCCAGCUGCAAUGUUGGCCCUUUGUGCCACUGCGAAGAUGGCAUUGUGUAUCUGAAGGAGAGUGGCAUGGAAUGCGUUCGUAUUCGGAAAGAUUGUUUCCGAAAACAUCAAAAGAAGAGCCGGUUUUGAUUGGAUAAAGUUGUUUGAAGACAGCACACAGUGUGCGAUUGCCAGCUGUGAACAAGGCACAGGUGGAAAUAUGAUUGCUAGCCCCCGCUGAAGAUUUAACUGCGCCCGAAGCUUCCUUAGCAAGCAAACGUACUGCAAUGCCCACAAAAGUCCGGCCAUUUAUUUUUAUGUAUUGAGAAUACUGCUGCCGAUGGGAUUUCUUGUGAUUUAAUUUUUUCUUAGUUCUGAAACCGCUCUUGCACAUUCGAUGCCUUCAUUGCCGUGCACUGGAAAUAAAACAAAACUUGCACUUGUA